AAGAAAGAAAAAUCCUUCAAUCAAGCGUCAUUUAUAAUAAUAUAUGCGGAUUACAUCAUUCUUGGAAAAGGAACACGCGGCAAUAUAAGUGCUCUUCGCCCGAACUGUUACGAUUUCUUCGCUUCGAGAAAUCGCCCUAGGCGUCUAAGCACCGUCCGAAAGUUGUCGGCGAAAGGAUUCACCCCUCUGCGGGAGAGUUCAGCGGCGAUCAGUGAUCCAUCUUCCCUGGAUCCCCGGGCGAUCGGCUCGUUGAGCCACUUCCUCUUAUAUUCGCGCUCAAGGCAAACCUGAUGUCGAAUCCUUGACGCGAAAUCGGAUCACGUUCGUCAACAAUUGUCAUCAUCAGAUUUCUCGAGCCUGCAUCAUAGGACCCGGUACUGCGACAGCUGCACCCCUCGUUGGAUGCAUUUACAUGCGCUUCCCAAAGGUCAACGAUGACGAGCUGCAUAUGUCUCCUCGUGUAACGAUUCGAGAGCGACGCGCCUUAGUUAUAUUAUGCAACUAGGCUCACCAGGUGAUCUAUAUUUUCUUCUGCUCGGCUCAUCUCGGCUACCGAAGCACCCAUUCACUCGACUCGCCAACGAGAGAGGCUCAUCGUUGUAAGAGGAUCGCUUUCUCUCUCUCUCUUUUUCUCCCUCGAUUGAUAGACGACAUGACGAUAUCGAGAUCGUCGAUCGAAAUUCCGCGCGACACAUUUUCAAAUUCCUAUGAGGCGAACGACACGCGAACGAUUACGUCAGUCGCAGUUGCAGAAGCAAACUGCAAUUUUUUUCUGCACGUCGAAACGCGUUUGUUAAUGCAUACAGGUAUCUUCUGCGUAAGCGCAUCUCGCGUGAAUAGUCGCAGAUAAUAGGAAGAAAUAUCGUCGAGGGAUCUUAAGAUGAAAAUAAUAUCUGGAUAGAUCUAAAAUAUAUCGAUCUUCACCGCAAAAAGCAUUCAUCAUGUACUGUAGAAAGUUACAUGUCGAGAGAAGAGAUGAUCGUGGGAAGAUACUAGCCGGCAAUAAAAUAAUGCCGUUCUAUUUUAUAGCGAUCCCAAUCGAGGAGAGAUAUGAAAAUGAAGUAACAGAUGCACAGAGGCAGUUAUCCGUAAAUGGAAUGCAGUUAUAAAGUUAAAGGGAAAUUAACAAAGCAUCCCAAUUAUGCGUCUGACGAAAAACAUCGAGGCGUUGAAUUGAGCGAGAUGACGUAAUGCUGUCUUAUAUGUAUUUUCCUUUCAUUCCCAACACGAUUAAAGCUAGCAUAGAUUGCAUUUAUAUAAGAAGACGGAAUCUUUUUAAUUUAAUAAUCGGAAUGGAUGAACUUUAACGUGCCACCUCUGCAUUUCUGACAUCAGAUCAAUCACUGGAACGAAACGCAAUAAAACAUUACCUGAUUUAAGGAGGCACAGCUAAUCGCGGGGAUUUUGUACAAUAUCGAAGGCUAGUUUUGCUCUCAAUCGUGAAGGAUGAUCGAGGAAUCGCUUCCUUCCAAUUAUUUUUCGACGCCGAUGGGUAUGAACAAAUACAUAAGAGUUCAAAGAGACACUUGGAGAUUUACAUCGGAUUAGUUCUGAGAGUUCUCGCGCCGAUGGACCUCACCUCUGGCAUAACACGAGCAGCAAGAUGGAUGGAUGUACGGAUAGCGGAUGUUAAGAGGGUCGGGUCUCUCCAAGAAUAUCGGUGACUUCAAUGCUUCGUGAAGUAGAAUACACGAUGCCCCGACACGGUCGUCGUAUCCUAUUAUCAAACUCGUAGCUCACGAUUGCUCAGGAUUUUUUUAUCUUGGCCGCAUUCUCGCAUCCGAUCUGCAAAACAUGUUUAUUUUAACCUCGAGAAUUGUGGCGCUAUAUACAGAAGAGGGUGCUUCGCCGUGCGAAUGCCGUCUCGUGACUUUUCUUCGUCUAUUUCUUCCGUUCCUUAUUUGUACAUCGAAUUCGUUCGAGAUGUGUAUAACAUCAAAACAACAUUAUCGGCUACGAUUUCUAAAUAUGGAUCCAAAGUUCGGCCAAGUUCCAUCUCAAAUCGAGACGCGCGUCUUUCUCUCCGUUGUAUGGUGAACGCGACGCCUAUCUGGACGCGAUCAUCGCUUCAUUUACGGCUAAACGUGAGUACGCUGACCGUAAGCUGGAUCGUUAAUCGACGAGUUAUGUGUCAAUCGGCAAUCCGAUGAGCGCAUUCGCUAUUGCUUACGUAUUUACGUGCGGCGGAUUUUUUUUUUUUUUUUUUAAUGAAUACGUUUAUACGAUAUUGAAGCUGCAACUAUAUAAACGCGUAACAUUUGAUCGAUCGCGGAUGUAAAUCUUCGAAUCCGUGGGCGAUUUCGCGGAUUAGCCUUUUGUAAUUCAUUUUAUGUAAUCAAUAAUAAUCAAAUCUUCGAGUAAUCGGAUCUAAACUUUUCGAUCGUUCAAUUAGUCGAAUACUCAGAUAAAAACGUGCGCGCAAAACUCUUUUGACAAGAUAAUAGCUUCCAUUAAUAACUCUGUCGCUGGAAGGAGCAAAAAUAAUAAACUUUGCAUCAUAUAUCAGCCGCGGUAGAUCAGCCGGGAAUAUUCAGGUUGCUCAGAUAUUCAGAGUUCGUGACCUAGCGUAUACGCACGUAUCGGACGGUCACUCCGAAGUUGUUCAACGCACAACGAUUGCGCAACGAGCUCGAUUGCGCGAAGUCUGCGUUCUAAGUUGUUCUCCAUAGAGACACGCUCUAUCGCUCGACGACGGCGAUGACGAUCCCGCGGCAUUCGGGUAUAAUUCUCGCGUCGAAAGAGCCGAUAUAAUUACAAGAGAGAAUGCGUGACUGGCUACGUCAUCGGUUUGGCUUGUUUUUCUACGCUUUUCCAUCGUUUCGCAAAUGGACCAGAUAAAUUCGUACUAUUUAAAGAAAGACACUAAGAGGUUCUCGAUAUGCUAUUAUAAUUAGACCAUAGAUUUUAUCAUGAAAAAGCUGUUAGAUAAUUAUUUUUAUAAUAGUACUAGUAUAUACUUGAUAAUUUCUUAAAAUGAGAUAGUGAGAAAUCUCAUGAACAUCUUGAGCGAUAUCGUUUCACUUUUAGACGUCAUUAUCUGAAUCCUAUCGCUUCACUUUCAUGCCUCGACUCUAGUGUCGACCUUCAGGUCCGUUCCGAGAUGUUUGCCGAUCUAUAUCACUUGACAUUGCGCAACCACCCCUCAUUACUUGACAGGUUCAUCUUGCGACGGAGGCCUCCUUUCUCGCCCCUUGAUGGUCCCCCUCAUCGUGCGCGUCUCUCUUUAUUCGGAUAUUCUGGGAUUUAUUUUUCUCUCUUCUUUUUCUUCUUCCAGGCGGCAUCUUCGCGGGACGAGGAUCACAAAUGAAUCUUCGAGGAACACAUCAUCGGGUGAUCUCUAACCAUCCGAUGCCAUCCACGCGCGUAGUUUCUCAUCAACUGGUGGGAGGAAGACGAUCCUCGCGCGGGAUCGGUAUAUAAGCAUGUUGAAUUCGACCUGGAUCUGCGCAGAUCAAUUAUCAUCGUCGGUUUGACGAUACUUGCACAGUUUUGGGUGUCGCUGCAGUGUAUAACAUCGCUGGAAUUCGGUCGACGAGCGAAAUGGGAUCGCAAGUCGCCAUCGCGUUGUUAAUCAUCGUCGGGAUAUGCCACGCCGCACGGUUGGAUAAUAUUUAUCUUCCGCCCGGUAGCGCUGGAAGUGCGGGUGGACCAGGAUUGAUUCAUCCUCCAGGACCUGGUGGAGGUGGUCCCAUUAAACUGAGUAGCCCACUUAGUGGUUCAGGUGAUUUAGGUGGUCCAGGUGGCCAUGGUGGUCCAGAUAGUCAUGGUGGACCAAGUGGAUUCGGUCCCAGCGGUGAUAGCGGCAUUUAUCAAGGUGGCAGAUUGGCUGAUGAUGGGCAUGGUGAUCAGAAAAUACCCAUCCUUUCAUAUAGUAAUGAGAACGCUGGCGACGGAAAUUAUGAGUUUAGUUAUGAAACCGGAAAUGGUAUCACCGUGCAAGAAACGGGUCAUCAACAAGGAGAAUCCGAAGCAGUGAGCGGAUCCUUUUCUUAUACCGGACCCGAUGGUGUGCAAUAUUCCGUCACAUAUACGGCAGACGAAAAUGGCUUCCAUCCUCAAGGUGCCCAUUUGCCGACACCGCCUCCAAUUCCCCCGGAAAUUCAACGAGGCGUUGAACUGGCGCUUGCCGCCGAAGCCAGGGGAGAGAAUCAGGACGGUGGUGGUGGAGGAUAUUCGCACGGAGAGGGUGGAUAUUCUAGCGGAGGAGGCAGUCAUGGUGGCCACGGAAGUGACGCUUAUCAGGGAUUGAACUCGUAUCAGACAAGUUCAGCCGGUGGAUACCAAUAUUAGACAGCGAAUCAUCGACGUAUAUAUCAUACGCAGACACAAACUUCAUAUUAUAUCGUUUUGAACUUAUGUACAUAACAAUAUAUCAUAUAUAGAUCCUUUUAUUUAUAUAAAGUAUGUGUGUAUUUUAUUCAUGAAAAACUUGCCUUCUUUUUCUUUUUUUUAAUUGCUUUUGUAUAUUAAGUGCAU